AUGGAUGUCUUCUUGAAUGAGGACUUCAGCAUGACUGGGAACACAAGUCACCAAACAGCCCGAGCAAGAGUAGAAGGAAGUCAAGACCACGGACUAAACCACAGCGACCCCUUGGACAUGUUCAUAGGCAUAGAGCUCCUUCAGCGAUACAAACCUCUCUUCCUGCCUCUGUACUGCCUUGUAGUGGUAGUAGCUGUUGUUGGAAAUUCCUUCCUUUUGGCUUGCAUCUUGGCUGACAAGAAACUCCACAAUGCCACCAACUUUUUCAUUGGUAAUUUAGCAGCAGGUGACCUGUUGAUGUGUUUGACUUGUGUUCCACUGACUGUGUCUUACGCCUUUGACAGCCACGGCUGGGCUUUUGGAAGACCUUUCUGCCAUUUGGUCCCCUUGCUACAAUGUGCCACAGUCUUUGCAUCAGUGCUUUCACUCACUGCUAUUGCUGUGGACCGCUACAUUGUUGUUGCUCAUCCAGUACGAAGGAGGAUUUCUGUGUGGGGUUGUGGUGCAGUGACUCUGGGUGUCUGGCUUUUAUCUUUGGCCCUGGCUGCACCUCCAUCUUACUACACAGACUACUUGGACCUGCGGCCCACAGGCAUCGACCUGGUAGUGUGUGAAGAAUUCUGGCCAAAUAGUGGCAAUCUGCGGCUUCUCUACUCCUGCUUCAUUUUAAUAACCUCAUAUAUGAUCCCGCUGCUUUCAGUUAGCGUGUCCUACUGUGCGAUUACUAUCAGUUUAAAGCGCUACUCAGUGCCUGGGGAGCCAUCAAAUAGUCAGCAGCGCUGGAGCCAAAGGAGGAAGAAGACCUUCUCUCUGCUGGUGGCCUCAGUGCUGGCCUUUGCCCUGUGUUGGCUGCCUCUCCAGGUGCUGAACCUGUUGCUGGACUUGGACCCAGACUUCCACAUUAUGGGCAAGCGCUACAUAAAUGUCUUGCAAGUGUGUUGCCACUUAGUGGCUAUGAGCUCUGCAUGUUACAACCCUUUCAUCUAUGCGUCACUGCACAGCAAGGUACGAAUGCACCUCAAAGGUUAUCUCUGUCCUUGCCACAACCGUCAGAGGAGGAUGGUGGAGAGAUCCAGGAGCUGA